AUGGAGUAUGUCCUAUAUACGUCUUUCAUAACUCAUAUUGACGUGUCUGUCCUACAUACGUCCUUCAUAACUCAAUCUAACGAGUGUGUCCUAUAUACGUCCUUCAUAACUCAAUCUAAUGAGUAUGUUCUAUAUACGUCCAUCUAUGUCCUAUAUACGUCUUUCAUAACUCAUAUUGACGUGUCUGUCCUACAUACGUCCUUCAUAACUCAAUCUAACGAGUCUGUCCUAUAUACGUCCUUCAUAACUCAAUCUUCUGUCCUACAUACGUCCUUCAUAACUCAAUCUAACGAGUCUGUCCUAUAUACGUCCUUCAUAACUCAAUCUAAUGAGUAUGUUCUAUAUACGUCCAUC